AUGAGUAAGCUGAACAAGCCCGAGGAAGACCUUCAGGACCCAGGCGAGGCCCAGGGCCUGGUGGAGGUGCAGCUCUUGGGGGCUGAGGUGCGAGAGGCUGCAUCCCCCUCGGCCUCCUCCUCCACAGUGUCCUCCUCAGCCCCUCGGGAGGCCUUGCCCCAGGAAACUCUGAAGGAGAUGAUAACUAAGCUGAUGAACUUCCUGCUCCUCAAGUAUCGAGCCAAGGAGCUGACUUCCCAGGCGGAAAUGCUGAAGAAGGUCCUCAAGGAUAACCAGGAGCACUAGCCGGUGGUUUUCAGACAAGCCUUGGAGUGCCUGCAGCUGGUCUUUGGUGUGGAGGUGACGGGGGUAUACCCCAGGAAGGACACCUACGGUAUGAUCCCUGCCCCGGGCCUCACCUGCGAUGAGAUGCUGAGCGAUGGGCAGGGCCUGCCCAAGGCCAGUCUACUGGUGCUGGUCCUCAGCGUGAUCAUGAGGAAUGGAGACCCCACCCCUGAGGAGGUGGUCUGGGGAGCACUCAGCAGGAUGGGGGUGUAUGUUGGGAGGGAGAACUCCAUCUUUGGGGAGCCCAGGGAGCUGCUGACCCAAGUGUGGGUGGGUGGGGGGUACCUGGAGUACCGGCAGGUGCCUGACAGUGACCCUGCUCGCUAUGAGUUCCUGUGGGGUCCCCGGGCCUAUGCGGAGACCAGCAAAGAGCAAGUCAUGGCAUUUGUGCUCAGGGUCCGACAGAGGACUUUGAGGGCCUUCCCACUCCUGUCUGCAGAGGCUGCGAGGGAGGAGGACAAGGAGGCCUGA